AUGUUGCAAGUCCUUAUUCUCAUUUACACACUUAAGGUCACUAGUGCCGACCUCGGCACUACAGACCUUCAAUUCCUCAACGAGUUGCCAUUGGAAAAACUCCUCGUCCUUAAGUCUUCUUUGCAAGAAUUUGUCUCUGAUACAUAUGAGAAUGUCAGUACCACAACACCGUCGUAUUCGGAGAGCUUCGGAGCACAGGCGAUGGCUAUACAAGCACCGCCAAUAAAAAGGACAGACUACGAAGAAAUGAGCAGUAAGAAAGGAAGUAAAAUUAGCAAAUUGUUUUCAAUGUCGGUUACAACGUUAGCGUUUUUGGCGUUUGGAGGUUACUUGCUAUGUUUGAUCGUACAAGCGAUAAGGGACAAAAAGAAUUAUGCGUCUACCACAGUGGCGCCUACAACGUUUUUCUUGAGCUCUGGAAUUAAGAAACGGCCGCAGUUCGCUUCGUAUGGAAGACGGAAGAGGGAGAACAUAAGAGAUACAGAUUUGGAACAGUUGGAUAUUCCUCCUGAGCAACUCUUCGGUGCAUUGGUGCAAAUCUGCGAAGGUUACGCUAAGUGGAGUGAGCGGUAUGCUAACUUGGAUGUCCUUUAG